UACCUCCCUAAAUAUGAAGCAGUGAUUGAUGCUUACUUGGAUGGCCUUGAGUCUUGUGGCAUGACUGAUCUCUCUAAGGUUUCAAGUGCAGCAGCAUUCUACAUCAGUAGAAUGGAUGUUACACUUGACAAGAAACUUGAGCAAAUUGGUACUACUGAGGCUCUUGAUCUCAAAGGAAAGGGUGCGGUUGCUCAAGCAGUCUUAGCAUACCAACUUUACCAGAAAAAAAUUUCUGGUCCAAGAUGGGAACGCUUGGAGAAUAGAGGUGCCAAGAAGCAGAGGUUGAUGUGGGCUUCAACAAAUGUGAAAAAUCCAUCUUACCCUGACACGUUUUAUGUUAAUUCUGUUAUUGGACGAGAUACAAUUUCAACCUUUUCAGUACAAGCUCUUCAAGCAUUCAUGGACCAUCGUAUUCUUUCAAGAACGCUUGAUGCAAAAGUAUCAGAGGCUCAAGACAUUUACAAUGCAAUUGAGAAGUUGGGGAUUGAUUGGAGUUCUGUUGGAUCAGAAGUGGAACAUGAGGUGCUGGAUUCUUUCACAAAAAGCUUUGACAAUGUGCUUGAAUGCAUGCAAAAGAAGGCUAUGAACAUAUAUUCAUUUCAAAAGCACGUUUAA